UUCCAUGGAAACUGUCAAGCGCUGCUGUUCCGCAAUGUUUUGCUUCAACAGGCAUGUGAUUUUCGAGCGCACUCUACAGUAAACAAUAAAAGUGUGAAAAGAACAGCUCCACAACACUGCAGGGUCUGGAAAAUAACCCGAAACCAUGAGCCUGUGGACGGAUAAGAAGUUUUCCGAUCUGGGGUUAACCUACUGGAUAACACGGCAAACCGAAAAGUUGGGACUGCGCCGGCCGACGCCGAUUCAGGUUGAGUGCAUACCCCGCAUUCUGCAGGGUCAGGAUUGUAUCGGUGCCGCCAAAACGGGAUCAGGCAAAACGUUUGCCUUCGCGCUGCCGAUUUUGCAGAAGCUUAGUGAGGAACCGACGGCAAACUUUGCCCUCGUGCUGACACCGACGCACGAGCUAGCGCAUCAGAUAGCGGAACAGUUCAUCGUUGCCGGCCAGCCGAUGAAUGCGCGCGUGUGCGUCGUGACGGGCGGGACGGACUACCUGAUUGAAAGCCAGCAGCUAGAGAAACGGCCACACAUUAUCGUAGCAAUGCCGGGCCGGUUGGCCGACCAUCUGACCGGAUGUAACACGUACUCGUUCGCGGCCCUCCAGUUCCUGGUGGUGGACGAAGCGGAUCGAAUGCUGUGCGGCAGCUUCGAUGAGGACCUGAUGGUGAUAAACCGUUUCCUGCCGGCCAAGCGUCAAAAUUUGUUCUUUUCGGCCACCCUGAAGGAUUUCCUGAAGACGUCGAUCGUGUUUCCGAUUGCGGACGAUGUGUUCGAAUGGUCCGAACAGUCACCGGUCGCUACGGUGGAAACGCUUGACCAGCGGUACCUGCUCUGUGCCGAUUACGAUCGCGACACCGUCAUGGUCGAGGCGUUGCGCAAAUACAAAGAGGACCAGGAAGACGCGAGCAUCAUGAUCUUUACCAACUCGAAGAAAGAUUGCCAAAUCCUGUCCAUGUCGUUGAACUCGUUCGGCUUCAGCAAUGUGUGUUUGCAUGGGUUUUUGCGUCAAAGGGAGCGCGUGGCGGCGCUGAACAAAUUCAAAUCCAAGCACGUGCGGAUCAUGAUCGCAACGGAUGUGGCUAGCCGCGGGCUCGAUAUACAGGAUGUGCAGCUGGUAGUGAACCAUCGACUGCCGAAGAAACCGAUCGAAUACAUCCACCGUGUGGGACGUACUGCGCGCGCCGGUCGUGCUGGAAUGGCGAUAUCGAUCUUACGCUUUCCGCGCGAUCUGGAAGCACUGGGAGAAAUUGAAGCCCUCAUCAACACCAAGCUGACGGAGUACUCGGUGGAUGACCGUCUCGUGCAGCGCAUAUUCAUGCAGGUGAAGGUGGCCCGUGCCGAAGCCGAAAUAAACCUAGACAACAAGGACUUUGACGAACGGAAGCACAAGUAUCGCCGCUUGCGCUGGAUACAGGAAGGUCUCGAUCCGGACGAAAUGGAGGCAAAGUGGAAGGAAGACAUGAAAGCCCGCGAACAGGAACGACGGGAGCGAUUGCGGCAGGAAAACGAAGAGCGCCGCAAAAGGGAUAAGCAAACGAUCGCCAGCCCGGCCGUGGUGAAUGAUGCUCGGUUCCAGGCGGCCGCAAGCGACAAAAAGUUUAAGAAACGGAAAUUCAUUCCCACGGAAAAGCUGAAUGAGUUGAUUGAACAACGCAAAACUGAAGCAAAGGGUGGCAAAAAAGCCCGCGCCCGUGGGAAGGGCGACAAGAAGAUUGUAAAGAAGAAGGCGAAAGUGGCACAAUAAAUACUACACACUUCACCAAACACAAAAAACUACA